UGAACAACGCGUGAAACAUAUCCGAAUUCCAAAUACGUCCUUAUUAACUCAACUCAUUUCUCUGCCAAACACCUUCGUAUCGAAGCUCCUUCGUCUUCGUCUUCGUCUUCCUGCACACACUCUGUUCCCUUUCUACGAACUCGCCUGAUUUUCAAAACCCAUCUCCGUUUUCGCCUUCGGAUCAAACCCUUUUGAUCUUUCGGCGAGUUUCCGCACAAUGCCGUUGCUUUGAACGGGAUUUCAACGAGUGUCGGUGCCGAAAGAACCAAACGCAUCGCGACGAAAAAUCCUCUUAUUAUUUCUAUUUUCUGUAAUGGGGUCGGCGCCGUCAACGCCUCGCAGGGGCGAAGCGUUCUCGCCGGAGACGGCGGAGUAUCUGAUCGGAACCUUCAUCGGUGACAAGUCCUUCCCACUUUCAUCAGAGUUCUGGCAGAAGCUUCUAGAGCUUCCCAUCCAUGUUCAAUGGCCCAGUGACCGUGUUCAAGAAGCUUGUGAGCUAUUGGCAAAAAACAAUGGUCAAACUAGGCAUCUUGCAAAGAUUUUGUUCCAUAUGGCGUGCUGCUUGCAGGAGUCCAUGUCUAUUUCCGGGGUGCCGCCCUUUGUUUAUGAAAAGGCUGUAAAUGCAGCGUACAUCAGUUCGGUGUUUCUGAAGCACUUGAUUGAGAGUUUCCGAGGCGAAUAUGUCGAGCUACAUCUAUCUCUCGAUGAUAAUGAGACUAUACCAAUGGAUGUUUUGGGAGAUCAAACAAUUGAAAAUUUUGUUAUGCGGAAUGUCCUGAACUUUAUUGCUUCAGUAGAUGUGAGUGCCAACACAUAUGUCCUGCAUCUAGAGCUGCUUAAUUUUAUGAUUAUUGCAAUGUCAACUCAGCUUCUCUGUGGGCCGUCUCCUGGACCACAUGAUGUGAACCCAUUUCUUGAUGCUGCAAUGGCUCAGGACAGCUCUCUGGUUUGUUCAGUUGUUCGCAGACUACUCUUAAAUUUCAUUACUCGCAGUGGCGCUCCAUUUAACAGGGCAUCUUAUUCCGUCUUUUAUGAAGGAAGCCAGAGUAGUGUGUUGCAGAGAGUUGGUUCUGCAGCUGCAAAUAUUGUUUUACUGCCAUUCAGUUAUUUGGUUAGUUCAAGGGGUGAUGGAUCAAGAAAUCCUCUAGCAGAUAGCAGUCUUCACGUGCUUCUUGUUCUCAUUCAUCAUCAUAAAUGUGUUGUGAGUGAGGAUUACUCUGCCACUGAGAAUAACAAAGAAAAUCAAUAUUUUUCCGACAACCCUUAUUGCAAGGCCUUAGAGCAUGCAGUUGAUUGUGAAUUGGAUCGAGUAGAUGUUGAGGGCAAUGCACACUCUGGUCAGCUUGUAAAAUUGCCAUUUGCUUCAUUGUUUGAUACACUUGGCAUAUGCUUGGCUGAUGAGGCUGCUGUUCUUCUACUUUACUCACUGUUGCAAGGAAAUUCUGCCUUUCUGGAGUAUGUCUUGGUGCGGACUGACAUGGAUACCUUGUUAAUGCCCAUUCUGGAAGCUCUAUACAAUGCUCCAAGGAGAACAGCUAAUCAAAUUUACAUGUUGCUGAUUAUACUCCUCAUACUCAGUCAAGACUCUUCUUUUAAUGCAAGCAUUCAUAAACUGAUUUUGACUGGUGUUCCAUGGUACAAGGAACGUCUUCUGCAUCAGACUUCUCUUGGUUCCCUCUUGGUCAUAAUUCUUAUCAGAACUGUACAGUAUAAUUUGUCUAAACUUCGGGAUGUUUAUCUGCAUACAACAUGUUUGGCAACUCUGGCAAACAUGGCUCCUCAUGUCCACCGAUUGAGUGCAUAUGCGUCUCAGAGACUAGUUAGCCUUUUUGAUAUGCUCUCACGCAAGUAUAAUAAACUAGCAGAUCGCAGAGAUAAUAAGCUCCAUAAUGAAAAAGGCAACUUGAUUGAGGGAAACAGCCUAAUAGAGGAUAUGUCAACUGAAUUGCACAUUUAUACUGACUUCUUGAGGCUGGUACUGGAAAUAAUAAAUGCAAUCCUGACUUAUGCACUGCCUCGGAAUCCCGAGGUAGUAUAUGCAAUAAUGCAUAGGCAGGAAGUCUUUCAGCCAUUCAAGAAUCAUCCACGAUUUAGUGAACUGCUUGAGAACAUUUAUACUGUCUUGGAUUUUUUCAAUAGUCGUAUGGAUGCUCAAAGAGUGAGUGGCGAUUGGUCCGUAAAAGAAGUGCUUCAGGUGAUAAUUGUCAAUUGUCGUUCUUGGCGGGGUGAUGGAAUGAAGAUGUUCACUCAACUGCGCUUCACAUAUGAACAAGAGAGUCAUCCGGAGGAGUUCUUUAUUCCAUAUGUCUGGCAGCUAGUACUAUCGCGUUGGGGACUCACUUUCAACCCAGCAGCCAUAAAUUUGUUUCCAAUUGAUCUACCUACAGACUGUAUUUUUUAUGGUGGAUAA